CUAUUGAGAGAUUCUCUUCUCCUUUCUUGGCCCCAUAAUCAGUAACCACCCCUUUGCUUUGCCAACUGCAAAACACUGAAAGAAAGGGAGCAUGAAAAUCAGAUUAUUUCUCCUCCAAUUUGUUCUCUUCCUUUUGUGUUCUUCUUCUCUCUCCUUUGCCAAAAUUCCACCAAGAUUCCCUUCUUCUUCCUUUGUUCAACCUGAAAAUCUCUACUUUUCUCUGGCCUAUAAAGGCAACAAGCUUUAUGAGACAAACUACUUCACUCAAAUUCUUGACCACUUCAACUAUAAUCCAGAUAGUUAUCAGACCUUUCAACAGAGGUAUUUGUUUAAUGACAAACAUUGGGGUGGUGCCAAGAAUAAUGCUCCUAUCUUUGUAUACACUGGUAAUGAAGGAGACAUUGAAUGGUUUACUCAAAACACUGGUUUCAUGUUUGAAAUUGCUCCCCAUUUUAAAGCCCUCCUAGUCUUCAUUGAGCAUAGGUUUUACGGGAAGUCAAUACCAUAUGGAGGAGACAAGGAGAUAGCCUAUUCAAACACAAGUACAUUAGGUUAUUUGAGUUCAACACAGGCAUUAGCUGAUUAUGCAACUCUUAUAAUUGAUCUGAAAAAGAACUUGACUGCCACUGACUCACCUGUAGUUGUUUUUGGGGGUUCCUAUGGUGGAAUGUUGGCAGCAUGGUUUAGGCUAAAAUACCCACAUGUGACCAUUGGAGCCUUGGCUUCUUCUGCGCCCAUCCUCAACUUUGAGAAUAUUACUUCUCCUUACAGCUUCAAUAAUAUCAUCACCCAAGACUUUCGGGGUGAAAGUGAGAAUUGUUACAAGGUGAUUAAGGGAUCAUGGAAAAAAAUUGAAGAUAUGGCUAAAACAACCGGUGGAUUGAAGAAACUCAGAAAGUCAUUCAGAUUAUGCAAGAACUAUAUUAGUUCAGGUUCUCUUGUAAAUUGGCUCUCUACGGCAUUUACAUACACAGCGAUGACUGAUUAUCCAACUGCUUCCAAUUUCCUUAAUCCAUUGCCAGCGUCUCCAGUGAAAGAGAUGUGCAAGGCAAUUGAUGAUCCAAAGACUGGAAACGACACGUUCGAAAAGCUAUAUGGCGCUGCUAAUAUCUAUUACAACUACACUGGGAGAGCCACUUGUUUUGAUCUAAACGAUAAUUCGGAUCCUCACGGCCUAGGUGGAUGGACUUGGCAGGCAUGUACAGAGAUGGUAAUGCCUACAGACGGGAACAACAAGGAGAGCAUAUUUCCACCCUCUGAGUGGGAUUACAAUGAAAGAGUCCGAUUUUGCCAAUUAAUUUUGGAUGUUAAGCCCAGACCAGAUUGGAUUACUACAGAAUUUGGUGGCUAUAAUAUUGAAAGGGUUUUAAAAAGGUUUGGGAGCAACAUCAUCUUCUUCAAUGGGCUAAGAGAUCCAUGGAGUGGUGGAGGGGUUCUUAAGGAUAUAUCUAAGAGCAUAGUUGCUAUUAUUGCAAAAGAAGGAGCACAUCAUGUGGAUCUUAGAUGGUCAAGCAAAGAAGAUCCAGAAUGGCUCCGAGAAGUGAGGGCAAGAGAGAUCAACAUCAUAUCCAAGUGGAUCUCUCAAUACUAUCAAACUUUAACUGAUUUUUCUCAUUAGGAGUUUAUAAUAUUUUUAAAAGAAAAAUAAUGCAAGGAAACAAAAAUUCUCAGGGUUCAAUAUGAUUUUUCUCAAAAUACAGUUGUAAUUUCCAUACCUUUGGUUUAUGAAGUAUACCUUAUUUCUAGUGCCAGGAAA